AACUAAACAGGCAUCAUUUUAGAUAUCAAUAUCAGUCAUGCAGUCUCUUUGUGUAUUACUGCUUAUAGAAAAUAAAAAAAAAAUACAUUUACAGGAUGUCAAACUGCUUUGAUCAUGAUUUAUGGCUAGUUUGUCACAUGACUCUUAUGAAGUUACUCUGGCUAGAGAUGCACAUCCUGUUGUAAAAAAACAUGUAUAAAAGGACUCAGGGCUAGAUAGCAUCUUCAAAAAAACAUACUUGCCUGCAGACUUCUUCCUCUUCUCUUUAUCUAAACAUUUUUUCGCAAAACAUCAUGCAUCUUAGCUGCAAAUUAGCUCUGAUGAUGAUGGUUUUUGUUUGUGUUACCGCACAGCAAGGAAACUAUCGUCGCCCCACUCGAGUUGGAGUAACAUGCUGUAAGGAAGUGUCCAGGGGAAGAAUCCCUCCUGAUAUUAAACUGACUGCGUACAAGCAUCAGCCUGCUCUGAGUCCAUGUGUUGAUGCUAUAAUCUUCUACGCAGAGAAGGAAAGGUACUGCACUGACCCAAAAGCACGCUGGAUUCAAAACCGACUGCAAGGUCUGAAAGAAUUGAAUGACUGAGUUAAUGAAGGCCUUGAAGAUGCUGCAAAACUGUCUAUAUAUCAUUCCUAGAUCUUUAUCUAUGCAUUUUUUAUUAUUUAUGCCAAAAAGCAUUGUUACAUUAUUUAGCUUUAUUAAAAGAUUAGUUUACGUAAUUGCUUUGUUUUGACUGUUUUAAAAUUACAUGUAAUUUUUGCUAAUUAACAAUUUAAGUUCUGCUUAUUUCAGACAAAUAUCCAACCUUCCCUCUGUAUCAUAUUUAAGCUGAUUUAAUAAAUAAACAGUUCACAUUUUA